GGAAGUGAGCGAGAGGAAGAGAGAGAGAGAGAGAGAGAAACUAACAGCCAAAUAGGUAUACGCAUAAGAACAUAGAACAGGUCGUGUCUACUGUGAAAUAUAGUAAAUCCAAGGUUAUGGCAAAGAUCUCUCUCUCUCUCUUUACCAAUAGGGAUACACACGACAUGACUAUGCAACCGAAUCAUGUAAACGAACCGUCAUUUUGACAGAUAGACAGCAUAAAAACAUUAGCAAAACCACAUUGUGUGUUAUUUUUCUGUUUCUUUUUGUACAUGAAUCUACUUUUACGUUCGAAUUAUUGAUACAAUAUGUUUUUUUUUUCUCCUUUAUUGAAUGAAUAAAAACACACAAUUUUUUUUUAAUGUUUUGACAAAUUGUUGAAUUUUUUUUCUCUUAAAAUAUGGAAUGAAUUUUGUACAUAAAUCAAAUUCAAAAGGUAACAUUCGUAAUGUUUCUAUUGGCUGAAUUAAAAGACACAAUUCGAAUACCGCCUGAAACAUUCCAUCUGAAACUCAUCGAUGCGGUAAAAGAUGAAAUCAAUCGAAAAUUGGCGAAUAAGGUUUUGCUAAACGUUGGUCUAUGCAUUGCACUCAAAGACGUAAUCAAAGUGGGUGAUUCAAUAAUAUUGCCCGGCGAUGGUGCAUCUCAUACCGAAAUUUUAUUCCGUUAUAUUGUAUUUCGUCCCCGUAUUGGCGAUAUCAUCACCGGUAAAAUAAGAAGCUGCAGCCGCGAAGGCGUUCACGUUACAUUAGGUUUUUUCGAUGAUGUUUUAAUACCGCCAACGGCUCUUCAACAUCCGUCCCGAUUUGAAGAGGCUGAACAAGCCUGGGUGUGGGAAUAUCCCGUGGAAGACGGUUCAACACACGAUUUGUAUAUGGAUAUCGGUGAAACCAUUAAAUUUCGCGUAUCGGGUGAUGUGUUCGAAGAAAGCUCACCGAUUGGACCCCCGAGUAGCGACAAACCAUCAACAUCUAGUCAAAAUGAUAUCAAAACACCAUAUCGAAUACUGGGUGCAAUAAAUGAAUCUGGACUGGGCCUACUUUCCUGGUGGAACGAACACAAUCAACAAAUGGGCGAUGAUGACGAUGAUGAUGACGCCGGCGAAGAAUAUGAAGAAUAGCGUUUAGGCAUUUUGUAAAAAUGAAACAAAUAUAUUAAUUUACAAUCGAGAGAAAAAAAAGGCAAAAUUAAAAUUUUGUGUGAGAUUGGGUUAAUUUAUUUAUUUGUUUUUUUCUUCUUCUUCAUCAUCAACAGACCCUUGAAUUACAUAAUAAAUUGUCUUCAUCAUUUUCACUGUUCUCUUUGACCUUAUCCUGAUAAAACGUUUGCAUUUUACAAUGUUACUUAAUUGUUUGUUUGUUCAGAUUCUGUAGGUUUUUUUUUGUUUUUUGUUUUUUUUUUUUGCUUUAGUUGGCUGUCCCCUUAAAAUUUUCCUAUUUUUUCCCCUUAGAAUCUAAAAGAGCCGAGCAACAAUAUAAACAUAUUUAAAAUAUUUUACAGUACAACGAACGAACUAAUAAACACUAAAUCGUUUUCAUUAA